AUGGCAGGCGGCGUGCCACAAAAGACGUUGGGCUGGCUCUAUGAUGUCUUGAAGCGUGAAUAUCACGAUCCUAACCGAACGUAUUCCGAUCUUGCACAUGUCCUCAGUCGAUACCCUGGCUUCGGGCCUCGAACAGAUGUCUACAGUGCGUUGAUGCGAUGGAAAGAAGAUAUGACCUACAUGCUGAAUUAG